CAUAUUUUGGCCGCCGCCGCCAGCCCCGGAGCCGCCGCCGCAGCCGCCGCGAUGGAAAACUAUCGAAUGAAGAGCUACAAGAACAAAGCCCUAAAUCCCGAGGAGAUGCGCCGGAGGAGAGAGGAGGAGGGGAUUCAGCUGCGCAAACAGAAACGGGAGCAGCAGCUCUUCAAAAGAAGGAAUGUGGAGCUGAUCAAUGAAGAUGACUCCAUGUUUGACAGCCUCCUGGUGGAUUCCUACGUCACGUCCACAACGUGUGGGGAGGGGUUGAUCACGGGAGAGAUGGUGGAGAUGCUUUUCUCAGAUGACCCUGACCUACAGCUAGCAACCACUCAGAAAUUCAGGAAAUUACUCUCCAAAGAGCCAAAUCCUCCGAUAGAUGAGGUGAUAAACACUCAGGGAGUGGUGGAGAGGUUCGUGGAAUUCCUGAAAAGAAGUGAAAAUUGCACAUUACAGUUUGAGGCUGCGUGGGCCCUGACGAACAUCGCCUCGGGGACCUCCCAACAAACCAAAAUAGUCAUCGAGGCUGGGGCAGUUCCCAUCUUCAUAGAGCUCCUAAACUCUGACUUUGAGGACGUUCAGGAGCAGGCUGUCUGGGCCUUGGGGAACAUUGCUGGAGACAGCUCUGUGUGCAGAGAUUACGUCCUGAACUGUGCCAUCCUUCCUCCCUUGUUGAUGCUCCUCACCACGUCCACCAGGCUGACAAUGACACGAAACGCCGUCUGGGCCUUGUCAAACCUGUGCAGAGGGAAGAGUCCUCCUCCAGAAUUCGAGAAGGUGUCUCCCUGCCUGCCAGUGUUGUCCCGAUUGUUGUUCAACAGUGACUCUGACCUGCUGGCAGACGCGUGCUGGGCUCUGUCCUACCUGUCCGAUGGUCCCAACGAGAAGAUCCAGGCUGUGGUGGACUCAGGGGUGUGCAGGAGGCUGGUGGAGCUCCUAAUGCACAACGAUUACAAAGUGGCCUCUCCAGCCCUGCGAGCAGUUGGCAACAUCGUGACAGGGGAUGACAUCCAGACCCAGGUGAUUUUAAACUGCUCAGCCCUGCCUUGCCUCCUCCAUUUAUUGAGCAGCCCCAAGGAAUCCAUCAGGAAAGAGGCGUGCUGGACCAUAUCCAACAUCACAGCAGGGAACAGGGCGCAGAUCCAGGCAGUGAUAGAUGCCAACAUUUUCCCGGUGCUGAUCGAAAUCCUGCAGAAAGCGGAAUUCCGCACGAGGAAAGAGGCAGCCUGGGCCAUCACCAACGCCACCUCAGGAGGGACCCCUGAGCAGAUCAGGUACCUGGUGAAUUUGGGUUGUAUCAAACCCCUGUGUGACCUGCUGACUGUCAUGGACUCCAAGAUUGUUCUGGUGGCACUGAACGGGCUGGAAAACAUCCUGAGGCUGGGAGAGCAGGAAGCAAACCAGAGUGGGACUGGGAUCAACCCCUACUGCAGCCUGAUUGAGGAGGCCUAUGGUUUGGAUAAAAUAGAAUUCCUGCAGAGCCACGAGAACCAGGAGAUCUACCAGAAAGCCUUUGAUUUGAUUGAGCACUACUUUGGGGUGGAGGACGACGCAGCCGUGGCUCCCCAGGUGGACGAGAACCAGCAGCAAUACAUCUUCCAGCAACCCGAGGCUCCCAUGGAAGGAUUCCAGCUAUAAUCCUGGGAGGGAAAAAAAAACAAACCUCCCAGAAAAAAACCCGAAAAACCCACCACAAACUCUCUGGAAAGUUUGGGAGAGCAGCUGCUGGUCGUGGCUGGGAAGGUUGGACACUCACUGCGCUGUUUAGGAAAACUCUGCAAACACAAAGAGGAGAGAAGGGGAACUGCUGCUCCUUGUUCCUCUGGGCUGCUGCUCACCUUGGCUUUGGAGGCAGCAAGGACACUGAGGUGACAGGUGGCACCUCUUGGUGGCUUCUUCUUUUGUGGUGGUGUCUCCCCAGUGCAGUUUUUACCUCGGGGUACUCCAGCCUUGGGUUGGGUGAGGACACAGAGAGGAGGGAGCUGUUCUGGCCACAGUAAUUCUGCAAAACCUGGCUUGAUCUAUUUAAAUUUUCUUUUUUUUUUUUUUUCUUUUUUUUUUUUUGCACAUGUUACUCUUUAUUAAAGACUCUUUAAUAUGCCAAGAGCAAAAUUUAGCCCUGGCCUUCCUCCUUCAGGUGGACAGUCCUGGUGAAGCCAGGACCAGUUCCCUGAUGAAAAAUACUGAAAAUGGACAGAAAAAAUGAGAAGUUCUCUCACUGCUGGGAAGUUAUUUUUUUUCCUGCUGCUUCCCUUUGUCUAGAUUUUUUUUUGUUUGUUUUUUUUUUCGUUUUUUUGGUUUUUUUUUGAAGAACUGCUAGUGCUAUUUCCAAGGAUUAAAAACAAAACAAAAAAAAAAAAGCAACAAGAGCCCAAAGAUGGGAACUGGGGUGGAUUUUUUGGAGCAGGAAGCACAGCUGCUGUUGCACAGGUUUGGUUUGCGUUGUACUGACUGAUCUCAGAGCUCUGAAAUGCUGAAACCCACCUUCAUCUUUACUUGAAAUACUUUUAUUUGCCAUGAAAAACGUGGGCUGAAUUCUGGGUUUUUCCUGCCUUGGGGUGGUUGGGGGUGGAGGAAGAUUCGGCUCCACCUGCCAGCGGUGAAGGGAGCUCCAACAGCGCCAGGUUUUCAGGUUUACCUCCUGCUCACAGCCACAUCCUGCACAUUUUACUUCCAAAACCCGACAAAUCUCUGUAUUUUUUAUAUUCUACAUAGGGAGAGAUUUGGCUAAUUGGGCCACAGAGGAAACUCCAGGUGAAAUUCCUGUGAACAAGCACUGUGAGGCAGGCGCACCUGCAAAGCCCGGGCUCCUCCUGGGCUGAGCCCGGAGCUCCCGGAGCCCCCGCGGCGCUUUUUGGGCCGCUUCGCCCCGGUUUCAGUGAAAGCAGAGGAGCAAAGCCCGCUUCGGCUGGGGGGGAGCUGAGCCCUUCUUGUGGAACGAAUAAACUGCCCCUGUGCAGGUGU